UCCUCCAUACCGGAAAAGGAACACCUUGAGCUCACACCAUUCCUCGCAAACCUCCUCUCAGUCAUCUAUACCUCCAGCUAUGUCGGCAUUUUGUACCUCAGUCACUUGACAAGGCCCCAGCCAGGCCUCGCUCGUGACGCACCCUUUGUGAUCCGCGCACGCAUUCGCGCCGUUACGGUCGUGACUAUUAUGGUGCUCAUCAAUUCGGCCCCCGUCGCUUACUUCUGCUCGCCGCACAAAACCUAUUUAGACAUUGCCGCAUUCCUGGGGCUCUACGUGAAAUUGCCGCUAACACUCGAUCUACUACGGUGUUUACUCCUCACGGCGGUUCUAUUCCUAGGGCCUCUGGUUCGGCGGUUAUGGCUUGACCAUGGUUGGCGAGAGCUACGAGGCGACGUGGGCAAAGUGUUCACCACAUGGAUCGGUUGGAGGAAUUAUGUUGCUGUAUGUUGGCACGAAAUCCCUCCUCCAUGUUGCUAUCUUCCCCCAUUCAUCCUAUUCUGCUCUAAAUCCUGGGGUGGGAGGAGGGAAGUGUGCGAAGGGAAAGAAAGAGACCUCAUAAUCGCUGUUUCUUUUCUGAGAAUACGUACAUGCUUCCAAACUCGAGUUGUUUCAAGUUCCGUGUCGGAACUAAAUAUCCUCACGAAUCGAAGAAUUAGCCUUGGAAAUAUAUUAAGGAAAUGCAGAAACCCUAGCCGCUGACUUUAUUUUUACUUUCGAACUCGUCGCCAUUCUAGGGACCAUUUACUGAAGAGAUUGUUUUCCGAGCCUCUGUGGUACCAUUGCACCUUCUUGCCGGGAGAUCGCCGGGCACAAUAGUUUUUCUAUGCCCACUGUUUUUCGGAAUCGGUAGGCUCUCCAUUUCAUUCCUUUGGUUCUAGGUGUCCCAUUUUUAUUUUUGUUUUUAUUUUCCAUCAUUAUUCAGCUUUUUUCCCGCCCACCCGCUGCUCGCCUCAAGAAAACCUUAUUUUCUGCCAUCUAGAUAUCCGGGUCAAGUUAUCUUGAUACCGUCCCGGAACAGGCCGUUAUUUGCCUAACGCCCAGUUAUCCGCUACCAUCUUCUGACCGUUUUACCACUAUAGCGCACAUCCACCAUGCGUAUGAAUUCUACAUUAACAAUCCGAACAGAGUGGUCGUGAUGAUCAUUCGCUCGCUAUUCCAGUUCACUUACACCACGCUUUUCGGCUGGUUCGCAACCUUCGUGUUUCUGCGAACAGGCUCCGUGUGGACUUCCAUCGCUGUGCAUUCCUUCUGCAACUUUAUGGGGCUUCCGGAUUUUGGCCGCGUUGAGGGGCCUAAGUGGAGGUCGGCGGUUUAUUUUGUGCUUUUGGUUGCGGGUGCGUUUGGCUUUUAUCGGCUUUUAUGGCCCUUGACGGAAUCUCAGCAUGCGUUAGCGAGGUUUUGAGGUAGAGAGAGCAAAUUGUAGGGCUUUUUUUUCUUUUUUCCCCGCUAUCAUAUCAUCUCCAAAUGCCUAUGCCGUGUUCUGCUAGGAAUAGACCGGGGAACAUUUUCAUUGUGUUUGGGUACUGUAAUUUCGCCCCUCUGCUGUAUGCCCGUAUUAAAUCUUGUGACCGCAAAGGCCGCGAACAACAUAUAUCACAGCAAUCAGACACAAAAUUUACGGAGGCACUCACCACGCAACCACAAUCCAAAACACAGGCCACAUUUACCAACCAUGCCAAACAGACUGAGCACAAAAAGGUUAACAUGGAGAAUUUGUCUUAGGAAAACUGCGUUCUGCUUUAAAAGUAACAUACCGAUUAUGCCCCUAGUUUUCCGUCUUCAGUUUUUUUCUUUCCCUUAAUUCAGAGUAC